CUCUCGUUGUUUACAACCAGUAACUUCCUGUCACUGAUCACCGUCGUUGUUCCUUGUGAGCUAAUCGGUUCAAUUUAUCUGCAAACCAGUUUUCAAGAUGGGAUGUGAUGGCGGAACGAUUCCAAAAAGACACGAGUUGGUGAAAGGCCCCAAAAAAGUGGAGAAGGUUGAUAAGAAUGCUGAACUAGCUGCCAAGUGGAAGUAUUGUGCAUUAAGCCAGGAGAAACUCAGACGUCCCAUCGCUGCCUGUGAACUGGGCAGGCUUUACAACAAAGAUGCUGUUAUUGAAUACCUUCUGGAUAAGACUGCUGAGAGACCCAACACUGAGGCUGUGGCACACAUUCGCGGAAUCAAGGAUAUAAAGGAGCUCAACUUGACUGAUAACCCUGAAUGGGAGGGAGAGAGAAGAAAUACAAAAGGAGACCAGUAUGAGGACAUCCACUGUGGCAUGUUCAUUUGUCCCGUUGUUGGUUUGGAGAUGAAUGGCAAGCACAGGUUCUGUUACUUGCAGACCUGUGGCUGUGUGUUUUCAGAGAGAGCCCUGAAAGAGGUCAAGACAGAAAUCUGCCACAAGGUAGUAUUUUCUGACCCAAUGGAAGCCACAUGGGAAUCUCACAAAGGCAGCUCUUGA